UAUAACGUGUCUGUUUUCUCCGCCCACCGCCUCUGAUCUGUUCCUUUCUUCUUCGUCCUCCUCCUGCGCCCCCUCCUCCUCCACGCCCCCCUUCACUCAGCGUUGGGAUCAGGAUCAGGAUCAGGGCUUCGAAGAGGGAGAUGACGAGAGGCGAGGAGGACCAGACGUCGAGGUUCCUCAACGAGCUCUGCUCCAUCCUUUUCGCCGUCCUCCGUUCCCCACAACUCGCCAUCCGCUCCUCCUCGGCCCCCUCCCCCGGCGUCGGGAGGAUCGGAACGGACGAGAUGUCUUAUCGUUCUCCUCUACCGACUCCACGGCGGCGGAGGCUGCCGCAGGCGUCGCCGGCGGCCGUGGCGUCCUUGAUGCUAGGGGUCUCGAUAGCGCUCAUGCUCGGUGGGUCCGUCACGUUCGUGCUUGGGUUCAUGUUGAUGCCAUGGGUGAUAGGGAUGCUGACCAUGUUGUACUUGGCCGGGAUCGUCAUGACCGUGUCGGAAUUGGGACGGGCCAUCCUGUUUCCCUCCACCACCAAGGAGGUCAAAGGCAAACUCCCGUCUAAACUUCCAGCAGAUUAAGAGUACUUCCGACAAGAAAAAAUGGCAACUCUCCUGUUAGAGUUGGUACCGACAUGAAUGUUGGAUGGCUGCUAUAUUAACCGUCAGCAGUGCUGCUUAAAAUGAGGUUUCGACCUCUUAAUGUUUUACAUUUGGUUUGUAAAGUUGAUAUAUUUUUUUACUUUUGGGUUGUAACAAAUAUAAGAUAUAUCACACAAAUUCUAUGCAUCCAACUGCAUUGUCAUGUUUA